GGAGAAAGAAGAAGAAGACGAAGAGGAAGAAGAAGUGAGAGUAGAAGCAGAGACAGAAGAAAGAACUGAGCUCUGAAGAUGAAGGUGUGCCUGCUGGUUCUGGGUCUGUCCCUGGUUCUGGUGGUCUGCGUUGCCCGGUCUCCGUACCAGGCGGUCCUGCAGCACAGCCGGAUCCGAGGCCGGCAGCAAGGGCCGAAUGUCUGUGCGAUGCAGCAGCUCAAAGGAACCAACAAGAAGUACUUCACCAACUGCAAACAGUGGUACCACCGCAAGAUCUGUGGGAAACCCACGGUGAUCACCUAUGAGUGCUGUCCCGGUUAUGAGAAGAUUCCUGGAGAGAGAGGCUGUCCUGCUGCGCUGCCUCUGGUGAACAUCUACAACACUCUGGGCGUAGUUGGAGCCUCCACCACUCAGAUGUACUCUGAACGAGCUCAGCUGAGGGAGGAGAUCGAAGGACCGGGCAGCUUCACCUUCUUCGCCCCGAGCAACGAGGCCUGGGCCGCCCUGCCGACGGAGAUCCUGGACGCUCUAGUGAGCAACGUGAACAUCGAGCUGCUGAACGCUCUUCAUUACCACAUGGUGAGCCGCCGGCUGACCUCCGAGGAGCUGAGACACGGAUCUUCCUUCGCCUCCAUGUACCAGGACUUCCACGUCCACAUCCACCACUACAGCAACGGGAUCGUGACGGUGAACUGCGCUCGACUGAUCAAACCCGACCAACACGCCACCAACGGCAUCGUGCACGUGGUCGACCGCGUCAUCACCGCCAUCUCCAACACCGUGCACACGCUGCUGGACGUGGACGACGACCUGGAGACACUGCGUACGGCGAUGGCGGCUGCAGGUCUGACCACCAUGUUGGAGAACGACGGUCAGUACACCAUCUUCGCUCCCACCAAUGACGCCUUCGAGAAGAUUCCUCAGGAGACCCUGAACCGGAUCCUGGGAGACCCCGUGGCUCUGAGAGACCUGUUGAACUACCACAUCCUGAAGAACAUGCAAUGUGCCGAGUCCAUCGUGUCGGGGACGCCGAUGGAGACUCUGCAGGGCACCACGCUGGAGGUCGGCUGUGAUGGAGACCAGAUGACCCUGAACGGGAAGGCCAUCAUCACCAAGAAAGACCAGCUGGGAACCAACGGAGUCAUCCACUACAUCAACGAGCUGCUCAUCCCCGACUCAGCCAAAGUUCUGCUGGAGCUGGCUGAGGGUCCAACUGUUGCCACGGCGACCAGGCUGUUCGUGGAGGCCGGUCUGUCCUCCCACCUGACGGGCUCCGAGGCUCUGACCAUGCUGGCUCCUCUGGAGGACGCCUUCAAAGGAAGUGACACAACGAUGACACCUGACUUGAGGAAGCUGAUGACCAAUCACCUGCUGAAGGACCAGCUGUCCUCUAAGUCUCUGUACCACGGUCAGGAGCUGGAGACGCUGGGAGGCCUCCGACUCCGAGUGUUCGUCUACAGAAACAACCUUUGCAUUGAGAACGCCUGCAUCGCGGCUCACGAUAAGACGGGACGCUACGCCACCAUGUUCACUGUGGACAAAGUCCUCACGCCGCCGAUGGGAACCGUUAUGGACGUCCUGAAGGCCGACGACCGCUUCAGCCUCCUGGUCGGAGCCGUCCAGAGCGCCGGGAUGACGGAGCUGCUCAACCAGCAGGGGGCGCUGACCUUCUUCGCUCCCACCAACGACGCCUUCAACGCUCUGCCUCGACCCGACCUCAACAACCUGAUGCGUAACAGUCAGGAGCUGUCCGGUGUGCUCAGGUAUCACCUGGGGGAGGGCAUGCUGGUUAGCGGAGGAGUGGGAUCUCACACCAGGGUCCAACCUCUGCAGGGAGAGAAGCUGGAGCUCGGCGUGCGUAACUACACGGUGUACGUCAACAAGGUCCCAGUGGCCGACGCAGACCUGAUGGCGACUAACGGGGUCGUCCACGCUGUCAACAGCUUCAUCAAACCUCUGCCUCCAAAGGUGGACAGAGAACAGGCCGAUGGACCUGCAGCUGCCUUCAGACCGGCGGCCUCCUCCAGGGUGGACUCCAAGAGCUUCAGGGACGAUGAAAUGUUCCAGAAGGUGGUCCGCAGUCGCUCCAGCAAAACGAUGAACCAGUAGAACCGAGCAGAACAUCUGAGGAACCAAAGAACAGAACGUGUUCUGGUCCUGAAGGAAAAAUCCCCCUGAAGUCUUUGAACGCAUCAGUUUGUUGUGUUUCAUCUGAAACAGAAACAAACUUCUUCUUUUAGUUUAGACCGUUUUGAUAACUGCAGCUGAUGAUUGACGGAUCAAACACAACAGUUUAUUAAAACCGUCUUCAGAAUGUGAGAAAAUAUAAACUGAGAGCUGCAUGUUUAUGUGUUUUAUGAAGUCUCCGUCCACUAAUUCUCCUUUUUCAUGUUAAUGAGCCUCAUUUAAUACCAAAGACACACACAGUGAGAUGAUCAGCGUCUUCAGAGAACAUGAGAACAUAAAACGGUCACAUGUCACUCAGCUGAAAACCUAUUGAUUGUUCUGUCAUAUUAUUAGCUUUUGUUUCUAGUGAGUGGAACCUGGAGAAGAGAUCAUGAAAUAAAAAAACCUCCUGUUUGGUAGUUAUUAUGGAAAAGACAACAACCAGUUCCACCAGUUCAACCAGUCCUUACCUUGGUAUGAAUGUGUGUAAAUGCAGGAAACCCCUGCGAAACCAAACAGUUGAUCACUGAUCAAUACCUGUGUCAUCGUUCUGUGUUGGAGGACCUCGGGGGUUUUGUUCAGUGUAAAGGAGAAAGAAGAAGAAAUAAUGUUUUUUUAUUAUUAUUUUUUACCGACUUGUUUGUUUUUCUUUUCUUUGUUUUUAAAAAUAAUAGUUUUGACCAAAAGUCAUUUCUGAAAUCCAAAGUUUGAACUUUCACAUGUAAAACUUUUGUAAAGUGUGUUUUUGUUGUUGUUGUUUACUGUGCGUGUUGUCGUCCUGCAGCAUGUCAGCAGGUCUGAGCUCAAACAAACAAUCAAACAAACAAACAAUCAAACAAACAAUCAAACAAACAAUCAAUCAAACAAACAUGAAACAAACAUCAAACAAUCAAACAAAACAAACAUCAAACAAACAAACAUCAAACAAACAUCAAACAAACAAACAUCAAACAAACAUCAAACAAACAUCAAUCAAACAAACAUGAAACAAAGGGACAUGAAGCGUUCAUGGAGCUUUUUAGGACGUUUUUUCUUUGUGUUUUUGUAAAAUAAAACCGAAAAAUGAG